UGAUCCUCCCUGAUUUCCAUAUGCUGUGGGGGUUUCGAACCAGCACCCAGAACCGGCUCCCUGGCGCACCCGUCCUUGCGCCAUGACGCUGUGGGAGUGCGACGUUUAUUGCAAGGUGGAAAUCCUCAAUGCUUUGACCAUGCUGCCGCCGCUCUUCAGUGCAGCGCUGGCUUGCUACAUGGUGAAACCGAAGGUCUGGUGGCGUUCCAGCGCCGCCUUCUUCCUUAUUUGUGGUUGGAUGGUCAUGAUUCCCUUCAGCACCGCCAGCCAUUUGUACUGUGCCUUCAAUGGAAAGUACUCGCAUAUUUUGAUGCGAUUGGACCAAACAGGCAUUGCUAUUGCUUCAGUCAUGGUGGGUUGGGCCUUGUCGAAAUGCCCCAACUUCACGUCCUUCUUGUCCGUGGCUGGCGUAUGCAUUUGCGGUUUGAUGUGGUUUGGGCCAGAGUAUCUGAGAAUCCACGUGGAGUGGCGCACCGUAAGCCUAGCAGGCAUGGUACUCGCAUACUUGAGCCCAAUGUUUUGGAUGAGAGACACCUUUGAUUGGAGCAUUCCGCCUUUGCUGAUGUGCUUCGCAACAGGCUUUAUCUUAGCGGUAUUUGCUCCGCUGGGUGCCUAUAGUCAUCCACUUUUUCACGUGAUUCUCAUCCCGUAUACCUUCUAUGUGUCCAAAUCCGCUAUGAACUACGAGCAGUCACAGGAAUCACGACUUCUGGGCAUGGACCCCGAGAUGUCACUGGAGGAGGGUAGCUGUGACGAAGCCAGUAGUGUGGCGGCCUCGCGCUGGGCGCCUGAUUUGGGCAUGGAGGAGAUCAGACUACAGGUGAGCGACUGCUGGAACACUGGUGAUGCUAAGGCACAUGAAUACUUGGUGAAGGAUCCUGAACUUGGUGAACAUCCCCAGAAAUUUGAUAGCUGAUCGCUGAACAGCCAGGGAGUCUUGGCAUCUUGGAAUAUGAAUCACCCGGCGAGAUGAGUGAAGAAUCAGGGAAUCCUUCGAGGAGAGAGGACCAUGGUUCCUUUUGGAUCUUUUUGCUGUGCAAAGGAUUUGGAUACG